CAAGAACGGUGCUAUUCAUAUAAAAGCUUCCGCUAGUUCUUCUCUUAAACACGAUCGAGAAUCGAAGAAGAAGAAGAAGAAUGCAAACGCGAUUUUCACCUGAAAUCGAUUCUAUCAGUGAUGCAAUGUGGCUGUGAAAUCGCACAGUUUGCUUCUCGACGUGAUGGAAGGAUAGAUAGUUGUAUGCAUGCAUAUAACUAAAAUGCGCACUGAUUCCGGCGACUAUGCUGUUUGUGGCUCAUGCGGGGAUCACUCUUUUUGUUUUUGAAGGAUCAUAUGUUUGCUUCAUAGUCUGUAUAAUUACCUCUCUCAGGUGAAAAUAUCUUGAAUUGAUUAACAGAGACAAUAAGUGGAUGAGAAUCAUGCAUCGCAAUGUAGUUAAAAGAUCAAAUGAGGGUUCCAGGAUUAUUGCCACAGCAACUAUGGGAGUUGCUGUUGGAUUUUUUAUUGGUAUUUCACUUUCAUCCUUGCAUUUGACUAAGAUUAGCUUACUUUCAAAUGUGGAGAAUUCUUUUGAAGUAGGAUCUUCUGGAAAUGUAAAUCCUGAAGCCUUAGGGUCAGUUAGUUUAUUUAAGAUAUAUGUUCCAUCAAACCCUCGCGGAGCAGAAUUACUACCCCCAGGAAUUAUUGUAUCAGAAUCUGAUUUGUAUUUGCGCAGACUAUGGGGCGAUCCAAGUGAGGAUCUGGAGAAAAAACCAAAGUAUUUGGUGACAUUUACUGUUGGUUAUGAUCAGAGGCAUAAUAUCAAUGCUGCAGUCAAUAAGUUUUCUGAUGAUUUUGCAAUUUUGCUCUUUCAUUAUGAUGGUCGGACUAGUGAAUGGGAUCAGUAUGAGUGGUCAAAGAAUGCAAUCCAUGUUAGUGUAAUGAAACAAACAAAAUGGUGGUAUGCUAAAAGGUUUUUGCAUCCUGAUAUAGUAUCAGCUUUUGAAUAUAUUUUUAUCUGGGAUGAAGAUCUUGGAGUGGAACACUUCAACCCAGACGAGUUUAUCAACAUAAUUAAAAAACAUGGUUUGGAGAUCUCUCAACCUGGUCUUGAGCCCAAUAACGGAUUGACAUGGGAGAUGACAAAAAGGAGAGGGGAUAGUGAAGUUCACAUGGUUACUGAAGAGAAACCAGGUUGGUGUAGCGAUCCACAUUUGCCUCCUUGUGCUGCAUUUGUGGAAAUUAUGGCUCCUGUCUUUUCUCGGGAAGCAUGGCGAUGUGUUUGGCAUAUGAUUCAGAAUGACCUAGUGCACGGAUGGGGAUUGGAUUUUUCUCUCAGAAGAUGUGUAGAGCCUGCGCAUGAAAAAAUUGGUGUAGUUGAUUCACAAUGGAUUGUUCAUCAAGUAAUUCCUUCUCUCGGACUACAGGGAGAGGCUGACAAUGGACAAGAACCAUGGGAUGCGGUGAGAACGAGAUGUAGAAAUGAAUGGGCUGAGUUUCAAGCUCGCAUGAAUGAUGCUGAUAAGUCAUAUAUUGAAGGACUCAACAACUAUCGAAAAGGUUAACGAAUGAACCUAUGCCGCAGCCCCUCCUCUGCCUUCCCACUGUACAUGUUUUACUAUUACGUACAUGUAGGAUUUUCUUGUGUAUUAUUGGUUUGUUUUCCCAGUCCCCACGUGCUAGGUGUAUUUUCUGAGCUUGUGUUCUUUAAUAUGAUAAUAUCCUUGCAUUUUUGACACGCAUCUCUACUCUAGUUACAAAAAGUAAAAGAAAGGUAAGCACGAUUCAGCAUUUUCCCCGAGUAUACAAAUUGUAGGUUCUAGUAAUGGUAAAGGGCUAAAGUAGUUGCGACAAGAGAGGGUAUCCUCUUUUCACUGAUAGCUUAGGUUUGAGGCACUCGUUGUUCUGUGAUUUUGAUGGGAAUUGGAAUGGUGAACGGUCUUUGACGAACAGAAA